AUGACGGUUAGGAGAGACUACGACAAGGACGGGAGCAACAGGUAUCCUCACCCUGACGCCGAGGAGGACAGCCUCUUCCUGCCGGUAGAGGCUCACGGUGCUGCUUCCCUAUCGCCACCAUCUCAUUCUUUCCGCCCCGAUCACCAUGAGAUAAUAGGUCGUCGACGAUUAGAAGAUAAGGUCGGUCAUAGCGAGGAGCACGAUCUGCCUACUGCCGCCGGUGCUGGGCGUAUUAUUAUAACUACGUCGGCCCCGCUUAGUAGCGGCCAUUCCCAUCGCCUCGAGGAUAAAGAAGAGGGAGGGAGCGGGGAGGUGUUGGGUGAUGAUAAGCAGGAGGAGAGAUUCAUCAGGUGGAUGAAUGAGUCUAAAGGCGCCAUCAUGACCCAUUCGACAGGCGUCGCAAAGGCACAGCAACAACAGCAAGGAGAGGAAGAGGACGGGUUAACCCAUCAACAUCGUUCUAAUAGUAAUAAAGAGGACAAAGAGGAAGACCAUCGGGGGGCCCCAUCAUCAUCAUCGGGUAGACAGGGAGAACACGACGCUUUGUACAGCGAUGGCUUAAGGCGGCUUCGCGAGGCCCUCGAGGCAAAGUAUAACCUCGACAACAUCAGUCAUAUCUCCUAUGCUCUAGCUAUUGAUGUCCACUACACCGCGGCAAGCACGCAUCCAGGUGGAGGAAGAGGUCCUGCAGGAUACUCCAACCUAAAGCGAUCGAUCCGUCACCGGCCCGACGACCUACUGGCGAGCCACGGUCUCGCGACGGCGGCACUCACCAUUCCCUCGACCGAAGCUCAACGUACAGCUCGUCUCAGAGAUAAACAGCAGCGCUUACUAGCUCAGGUGCGAGGACAGCUUACACCCAAAAACCCUAGUGCCUCGACGCCUUUCGCUCGGGAACAGCAGAGAGUCGAGGCGGCCCUACAGGCCAACGAGUUUGCCUUACGGUUCGAGCAGGUAAUUUCCAUCGAUGCUCCACGGCUCAUGCGCCAGCGCCGGAACUUUAACACCAUGCUGCAGCCCAUCUUCCAGCUCAUGCGGCUCUUCCUUAAGGAGAAGCAGCUCUACGCCGGUAUCCUACGACGCUUUCCCCCAGAGAUCUUUCCGGGUAUACUAGUGGCCUUUGCCAAAGUCCUAGAAGCGGCCAUAGCAAAGAUAGAUCGCCAUUUCCGCGAGGGAGGAUCAAAAGGGUUAGGCAUGGCCCUCUCCGAGGGCAUCGUUGCCCUCGAUCAACUAGGCAACUUUUACUUCACCGGCGAUCAAAGACUACCAACCGACACAGCUAACUAUGGUUUGCCGAGCUGGGGGGCCGAUCGAUAG